CUAAGACCUUCAGCUGUCGCAGCAAAAUGAAGUCGCUUUUGUUACCCAUCAUCGUUAUUUUCCUUUUGGCCGGCCAUUAUUUAGCUGAGGUUUCUUCGCAAGUCAUCCUCGAAGUACCAGGUUAUGGCGUUCUUAACGGGACCAACGAAAACUCGACUUACACCGAACGCCCGUUCUACGCGUUUCGCGGUGUCUUUUACGCAGAAAAACCCACGCCUGAGAAUCGAUUUUUGCCACCGCUUCCGAAAAUCCCCUACUCGAUGGAUGAAAUCCAGCAGACUACCAAUAAUAAUGCUGGUUGCCCUCAGCUUAAUUCAACCAACGAGGAUUGUCUUUCUCUGAAUAUCUUCACGCCACAAUUGCCAUUUGAAUCCGACAAGCUUCUUCCUGUCAUGGUUUGGGUCCAUGGAGGAGGUUUUUCUCUUGGCCAUGCCCUCGAAUAUCUACCCAACAGAUUUAUGGAACACGACAUCGUUCUAGUUCCGAUUCAGUACCGCCUCGGUCCACUUGGUUUCCUCUCAUUCGACACGGAUGAUGUUCCUGGCAAUGCCGGCAUUUUCGACCAAAUCGAAGCUUUACGUUGGGUCAACAAACACAUCCAAUACUUUGGAGGAGAUCCCAGUCAAAUCACCAUCGCAGGAGAAAGUGCUGGAAGCGCUAGUAUUACGCUUCUUCUGUUGGCACCACAAGCAAGAGGACUCUUCCAACGGGCCAUCGCCGAAAGCGGAUCUGUUUUGGCUGAAUGGGCCCUUGAUGGCGACGGAAGAGGCAAAGCAGCUUCCCUUCAAAUCUCUGAAAUGGCAGGAUGUCCAGUGGAACCUUACCAAGAUUUACUCACUUGCGUGCGCAAUAUCGAUCCCGCAGAACUGAACGAAGCAUACCGAGACUACUCAACGGCGGAAAUGUCGAAAGGUGGCCUGGGCUUCAGCGGUUCCAAUCCCAUCAUUCAAGUUGCUGGAGCACAACGGAUUAUCGAGUCGGACCCUUUUGAGUUAUACAAUUCCGGCAAUUUUGCAAAUGUUCCUACAAUGUUCGGUGCAAACAAACAAGAAGGCUCAGUGGUGUUAGGACUGUUGUACACCAGUUUCUUAGUUCCCAACAAUCUGACCGAAGACGAGGAGUAUUUGGCAAAUGAUUUGGUCCCACAACUGCUGACUACGUUGCACAUUGAUGAUCCUACUGGAGAACUGGCCGCUCAGUUGACGGAGAAAUAUUUGAGUACAGCAGUAAUGGGUAACUUCACAUCAAUGACGCCCGGCCUAAUAGACAUGUGUGGUGUGCUCUUUUUGAAAGAACCCUCGUACGAAACGACGCAAGUUGUUUCUCAAUACAACGCCGAUGCGUUUUUCUAUUCAUUUGAAUACGAAGGGAGAAAUUCGAUUUUCAACUACGUUUUCGCUGCAAAUCCACCUCCAUUUCCUUCCGGUGUCGCCCAUGCUGAUGAGUUGAUUUACCUGUACGUUAUACCAUUCCCGUCCAUUCCACCGGGUCUCAAUAAUAGUGAGACUGAACUUUCUAUGAAGAUGCUUCAAGUUUGGACGAAUUUUGUCAUUUAUGGCAAUCCAACUCCCGACGGCGUACCUCUUCUUGAUGGUAUCCCACAGUUUUUACGAUACAGCAGUGCCGUUGAAUCGUACACCGCCAUUGACGACGUUUGGCGAUCGGAGACAGACUACACACUAACUUACACCGUAACGGUCGAUGAAUUGAACCCUCCCGUCAACAAGCGCAGAGUUUCCAACAAACAAUCUGAGCGUUCCAAAUAUGUAUCAUCCAGCAAAACCAAUGAUCUUGCAUAUUGAAAAUAGUAAUUGUGUUGUUGCUUCAAAGUGGUUCACUGUAUAAGGUUACAAGCACAGUUCGUUUAAGAGCGAUUUGCCAAAGCAUACAUGAACAAUAACUAA